AUGGCCGAAACUCCAAGUGCAAAGCGUCAAAAGUCCUCUAAGGAUGUCUCCUACGAACUCAUCUACUGGCCAGGACUUCCCGGUCGCGGUGAGCACGUCCGUCUCCUCCUCGAGGAGGCCGGCGCCGAGUACACUGAUACCGCACAAAUCGAGGACGGCGUCAAGAGCGUCCUGGCCCAGAUCGACGACAAGAACCUGGGCGAUGAGCAUAACCCGCCUCCCUUGGCGCCCCCCAUCCUCAAGCACGGAGACCUCCUCAUCAGCCAGACGCCCAACAUCUUGCUCUACUUAGGACCACGCCUCGGCCUCGCACCCAAGAUCUCAGAGGAUGACGACGGCAUCUACAUUGUCAACGGCCUCGCUCUGACUGCGCUAGACGGACUCAGUAAUGAGGCUCACGACACGCACCACCCUAUCACGACGGGGCUGUACUACGAGGACCAGAAGGAGGAGAGUAAACUCAAGGCGAAGGACUACAUCGCGAACCGGUUGCCCAAGUUCUUUGGGUACUUUGAGCGGGUGCUCAAGAGCAGGGCCAGCGGCGAAGGUCCUUGGCUCUAUGGAGGGUAUCUGACAUACGCUGAUUUGGUGCUCUUCCAGCAGUGUGUUGAUGGUCUCAAAUUCGCGUUCCCCAAUGCUCUGAAGCGGAUCGAGGGUACUGGUGACUACAAGGGUCUCUUUGCUCUCUAUGAUGCCGUCAAGGGCCGACCCAAGAUCAAAGAAUAUCUUGCUAGCGAUCGUAGACAAAAGUACUCUCAGGGCAUCUACCGUCACUACCCUGAAUUGGAUGAAGAGUGA